AACAAGAUGUCAACAAGAUUGUGAUUACAGGUGUCAUAUUUUACAGUUUCCCUGAUUAUUGAUAAUUAACAUUGUAACAUAAUGUUAUGAGAUAAAACGGAGUAACGAACCAGAUUAUAUUUUCAUCCGGAUUUAUGAAAAAUAGUGCAUUCUUUAUGAAUAAUCGCGCAAAAAUGUGAGUUUUCGUAGUCUUGGUUUUGUAGACGCUCUUUGAACGAAUCAGAGCAGUUCAGGAUGACUUGGGAGCCUACUCACGUACAGUUCACAGUGUUGCGGGCUCGAAAUCUUGUGGGAAAAAUUAAGGGAAAGACAAGUGCAAAGAUCACUGAUGUGUUUGUGACAAUAUCCUUGGGGAAGGAAAAGUUUCAGACGUCAACCCUCAAAUAUGGGGGAAAGGUCAAAAACAGCGUCGAGUGGUUCGAGGAGUGCGACCUGGGUAUUCCUGACAUGGGAUCGGAUGUUGAGAUCAGUGUGCUAAACCGUGGUCUCCUAUCAGACGAGUUUAUUGGCUAUGUCUCUUUGCCACUACAUGACUAUGAUGUCUAUGAUAGACCAACAAGCCGUUGGGUUCAACUGGGACAGAAGCCAAGCAAGCUUCCAGAUGGCCGUUGCCGUGGUGAGCUGGAGGUCCGACUCACCUUCCACGUUAAGAGUCGUACAGAUGACGCAUCUCCAGGAAGUAUGAAGGGGAAACGAGCUGGUUCCAUCAAGUCCCUCGUCACUGCAGUUGGAGACAAGUUCAAGUUUACCCGCACUAGGUCAUUACGUGGAGAUGGUAACCAGCUAUUCUCCACCCCUCAACCAAGCAAACCGUUCAAGAAGUCACCACCUAAACCACCCCGCUCCUCCGCCGUCGGUAAUAUAGCGGCCGACAAUGGCAACGUCACGUUUGACGCCGUUGACCUCUAUGUCCCAGAGCAAUGCUGGAGAGAGAAUGCUUUUGAAAAUGAUCUGGAGGAGGGCACAUUUGCCCGGUCCUACAGUCUGACCAAUGAGCAGAGACGGAAUCGAGAUUUUAAAAGUAGGUCCUUGAUGAACUUGCCUGGAGAGCAAUCUAUGACAUUACCAACUCGGGGUCGUAACAAGCUCCGACCCUCUCUAGACGACAGUGCACUAGGCGUGUCCAACAUAGGGUCUCGCAGCUCACGGGGUUCUGUGACAUCCCAGGAGGGCUACCUGGAAUCAAUGUUCCGUAAAGAGUGUGAAGUUGAUGACAGAAUGAAUGAUCUGUAUGACGAAGAAAUUGAAGAAGAAUCUGAGGGGGAAUAUGACGGCCCUCGUAGAAGUGCACGUACAUACAAUGAACAUGCUACCACUAGUGAGAGUGGCAGCAGUGAGUCGGAAUCUGAAGAAGAAUCUGAUGAAGAUAUAGAGCUUCCGAAAGUGAGAUUAAAAAAUGGAAAUAUUGAUGAUGUAAAUAAUGCUCAUCUUGACGAUGAAGGAUUUGAAUACAUUGAUGGAGAAUCUGAGGGUCAUUCUAAAAGUGAGGGGGAAGGGAAUGAUGUCAAGGACCCUGUUGUGUUUGGGCUAGUGGCUAAUGGCUCCAAUGCUGGAAGUAGCAAUAAUGAGACUGAGUCUGAUGUGUUCAAUCCAAGUGCAAGUCCUAGUGAAUAUACCUCCGAGCUUGACAGGGUUAUAGCCAGAGAAAACAGUCGUUUAAAGUCUGAUGCUAUGAACUCACAUGGCACAAGUGAUGGGCACACAUCGACACACACUUCCUCGAGCAGUCUGAGCUACCAGGGAGUGACAGCAGCAGAGCGGGCAUAUGACAGGGGUUCACCUGAAACAGGCUCUGAUUCUAGGAGGAGAAUUUCACCCAAGGAAAAUUUCAGUUUUACUUCACAAACUUCAAAUGAUGAAAAUAGAAAUCAAAAAAGGCGAUCAUCAAAGCUCUAUACUAAAGGUGGUCGAAGGUACACAGUCCAGGGUCUGGAGGGUUUGGGCCAUAACAGAUCAGCCCCGGAUAUCCGGGACCUGCGACCUGUGCUUACUAGGGGGGAGUCAGUGCCUGAAGACCUGAUGGCCGUAUACAGGAACAUGAACAGAGAGGAGCUAGUGAAGCUGGUGGUGACCCACAAGGCCCAGCUGAUCCGGAAGGACCAGUAUAUACAGGAGCUAGAGAAGUACAUUGACAACCUGCUAGUCCGCGUCAUGGAGACAUCACCAAGGAUACUGCAGAACUUGUAAAAUAUCAGCACUGGCAUCACUGUCCUGAGAGAUGAGAGGCCUAGAAUGUCACAUAGAUGACCAUGUGUGGCUUCUCUUUGACAGUGACCCAGAAUGCGGACAGUUUACCACCACCUGCAUUUCUCACCAGAGCCACCACCAUAGAGACCCUUAUGUUGUCCCAGCAUUGCAUCUUAGAAUUAUACACCUCAAUGAGUUAAUUAUACCGCCAGACAUUAUGUGUGUUAGCAUAAUUACGUAGCUAUUAAAAUUUAAUUUGGAGAAUAAAGUUGAAAAUAUGUUGAGAAUCAUAAUGCAUACAUGUACAUGUUUUAAACAUUCCAGACUUGUGUGAUACUGUGACAUGUACAUGCUUCUAGUGUUACAAUACCACUUGGUGCCUUUACAAUGUCAUUGACAUGUAAAUGAUUUUAUUAGUGAUACGUGAUUGUAUGGUAUGUUGACUGUUUACCAUUCCGAUAAGUGUUUACUUAUUUCUGUUAUCAUCAUAUUUGAUGGGGUUGUGCCUUAUUCACGGUUAUCUUAUUAUCUGGAAAACUCUAUAUGUUAUAACUUAUAAUCUAUUCAAGCAUAUCAGGUGUUUCUAGACUUGUGAUGAUUUUUUGGCAAUUAUCUUGUAGUUUUUUUAACAAUUUCAUGGAAUGUCUAAAAGGUUUGUUUUUAGUAACACAUAAAGUUACUUGCUCGCACUUUGAGUGGUAAAACAACGAAGAUUGAUUUUGGUUAGUUUGUACAUAAUUGGUUGAAAACAGUUUAUUUCAGUACCAAUGUUGUUUCAUGGAGAACAGAAACAAGCAUAAAGAAUAUGUUGAUUUACAAAUGUGAUCUAAGGAAUUGUUAAGUUGAAAAAUGUACCAGUGUUCAGCAAAUUUAUUUAUAUUUUUGUAUUUUUGUUUAGUGAAACUUGACCAUAAAAUUGUUUUUUCAAAGAACAUGAAUGUACCUUGCAUGAUUCACUUUUCAUUAUUACUUUCAGUCAAUAGCUUUUGCUUGCAAUUUAUUUUGUCAUUACCAUUCAUAGAUAUUUGUUUGUUAUACUUUUUGAUCAUGAAUGUUUGUGUUUAUCCUAUUUUUUUUCUUUAUUUUAGUGUUUUACAUGCAUGAUGGGAUUUAUUAGUAUUUUUAUACAACUAUCUUUGUAUCAUUACCAAAAUAUGGUUCUAUCAUUUAACUGAGAUAAAGAGAAUAACAACUGACUUGAGAUAUACAUGUAAGUGUUCCCAAUUGUCGCUAUGGUUACUAUACCUCUGGAUCUGAUGUAUUAAUUUGUAGAUCUGAAAAUUGUGUUUCUCUGUCUCAAUUUGACGAGUGCUCUGAAAGAUUCAUACAUGGAAAUUGAACUGAAAUUUUAAUAUGCUUAAUUAAAAAAAUCCAUUAAAUUAUGCAAUGCUUCAAUUGUUAUACAAGAUACAUAACUUAUUGUAUGUUAUACUUUUAAAUGAUUAUAUACAGUUGAAUAAAGGAUUGCUAUUUUAGAUUUGUUGUUGUACAACAGUAUUCAAAAUUGUGUACUAAUUUGUGCUCAUAUUUUUUGAGUUAAGUUUUAGUACUUUAAUACUAUUCAAUAAAACAGCUUGAUGUUCAGAUCUGAGUGUCUUAUGCAUUUCAAUUUUGUAGGGCUGUUGUUAAAAAGAUAUAUUUUUGUACAUUGUUUCCAAAUUCUAUAUGUUUUAAAACUGUUCCCGUGUUUGUCAUUCUCAUUCACCAGAGUGAUGAUGCCAUGUUAAUAGAUUUAUCAUGAACCUCUGAUGAAUGAGGAUUAUGUUUGUUUAUUGUAUAUAUCUUAAAUAUCUUUCAUUCCAGUCACAAAUAUUAUGUUAUUGUGGAUUUAAUAUUAUUUUGUAUUUAGCUGAUAACUCAGAUGUUGUUAUAAUAUAAUAUUAUCCAAUAAAGAAGUCAACUAAACAUUGAAUAAAUUGUAAAGUUAU